GUCGUCUGUCUGUUCACCGCCAAGAUGAAGAUGGCCGACAGCGCUGCAGUUCUUCGGCGAAAUCGCCCGGGAACAAAAGCGGGGAAUUUUUCAAGCUGGCCAGAUGAGCCUUUCGAAGAGAUGGACAGCACUCUGGCCGUCCAGCAGUUUAUCCAGCAAGCCAUCCGCAAAGACCCGACCAACGUCGAUGAGAUACUGACUCCUCCGGAUAGCCAAGACGAGGGCGUAUGGAAGUACGAACAUUUAAGACAGUUCUGCAUGGAGCUGAAUGGCCUAGCAGUCAAGCUGCAGGUAUGUGAGGCGGAGUGCAACGCAGAGAGCUGCACGCAGAUGACUGCGACAGAGCAGUGGAUAUUCCUGUGUGCAGCGCACAAGACCCCCAAAGAGUGCCCAGCCAUCGACUACACGAGGCAUACGUUGGAUGGCGCUGCAUGCCUUCUCAACAGCAACAAGUAUUUUCCCAGCAGGGUGAGCAUCAAGGAAUCGUCUGUGGCCAAGCUGGGCUCUGUGUGCAGGAGGGUGUACCGGAUAUUCUCCCACGCCUAUUUCCACCACAGGGCCACCUUCGACGAGUUCGAAAAGGAGACGUGCCUGUGUCGUCGCUUCACCACCUUCGUCACGAAGUAUAACCUGAUGUCCAAGGACAACCUCAUUGUUCCCAUCCUAGAUGAAGAGCUCACGGCGGGGGAGAGCGAAGCUUGAGGACUCUGGGCACAACACCUCAUCAGCGACCCGUAGAUUCGUGCCGUCGUCUUCGACAACCUUUUUUUUUUUUUUUCAUCCCCCUUCUUUGUGGGAGGAAUCCGCCGGUUAACUGCAUACUGUAACCACAAAGCAACGGACAUCUACUAUAGCUGCAACCUCAGCAGUGUUCUUUUUCAUCCAUUUCAAAUCUUCGUACUGCUUCAGAAACAGAAGUGCUGGGUUUAGUUGCUUUUCUUGGGGAUGGAGUGGAAAGGGGGGGGGGGGGGGGUGUUUCUUUAUGAGGGCCUUGGUUGGCGUAUUUGUAUGCCCAAAACUCUUCGAGCAAUCCAAGGACAUGCUACCAGUGGCAGAGUUGGGCGGUUGUUUCAUUACGAGGUUUUGUUGCCCAUUUGUAUAUUUAUUUUUUUGGAGUGCGCACGCAGCAGGACGUGGCUUGGGAGGAGUGCGAGAGAAAGGACCUCUUGAUAGUGUAAAUGCUAGAAGGCUCUCUGACGUGUCAUGCCGGUUCAUAGACCACUUUUAAAGUUGGCUACGUGCGAGUCAACACUUUUGACUAUUUUGAAGGCUGGCUGCAAUGUUCGGCGUUUUAUCUGCUCCGGAGUUCAAGUGUGGGCUCCGGCAAUUUUGUGGGAUUGUGAGAGAUCUGAUAAAAACACUUGCCGCCCGCUUCCCCUGUAGCUGAGCGCACCUGCGGUGCCAUUUUUAUUGUUUAUUUCAUGCGAGAGUAAAUAUGAAUUCUAAGCCAGAUUGUGACUUUUUUUAUUUCCUUUAGCUCGAUUCUACAUAACAAUGAAUUGCUGUUUUCGAGAUAAAUUACCCGUUUUGUUUUGCUACACAAAGGGGGUUGUUUUUAGAAUAACACCUUAGCGCCCUUUGCAAGCACGUGGCUAGCACUGUUUUCCAGACCAAAAAGCCUACUCGAACAGGAUUUUUCACGACUGCUCGACUAAGACGGUUGAACGCUGCACUUGCAAACAUCUCUCCCCACGUUUUUAUAUAAUUCCUCACCUCUGUGAGCAGUGUACACAUUUUUCUUGUUUGGCUACUGCAUUACGCAUGGUUUGCUCAGCAUCUCAAAGGGAGCUUUGUCAAAGCACCACCACUUGCAAAGCAAUACCCUUGUGAAAGCCCGGUUAGUAGCUGACAGUAUUAAGUGGUCACAGGUCACAUUACCUCCCUAUGGACGCAUACCUGCUGUUCAAAUGCCUGCUGCUCUAAAUAUUUCGCUUUGAAAGGAACAGGGAAGCCACAUAUUCACUAUGUCAAGCUCGUGACAUUUACAAGUUUUUGCCCACGACUACCAUGGGUGAAUCAUGCUCGUUUGAAAUUGGUCAAUAACAACAAAGGUGGCAUUCUUUGACCGCAUCAGAACCAUGUGGGUCUCGUUCUAUGAUUUUAGCAGUUUGUAUGACACGAAAUGUGAAACCGCCCUUUUAGACAUUGUUUGAAGUAGCAGAACCUGCAAAACGAUGCUGCAUACGAAUAAAAGCACAGCAUUAUAAUAACCA